AUGGAGGAUGUUCAAGACAAGUUACCCUCUGACUCCUCUACAAAAAUUGCUGAAGAGACAUCACUGUCCAAACAUGUUGAAGACUUGUUGCCCUCUGAAUCUUCUUCAAAAAUGACUGAAGAGACACUUAUGGAAGAACACGUUGCAAACAAGCUACCCUCGGACUCUACAAAAAUUUAUGAAGAGACACCACUAGCAGAACAUGUUGAAGAUAUGUUGCCCUCUCAAUCUUCUUCAAAAAUGACUGAAGAGACACAUGCGGAAGAACAUGUUGAAGACAAGCUACUCUCUGACUCCUCUACAAAAAUUGCUGAAGAGACACCACUGGCAGAACAUGUUGAAGACGUGCUGCCUUCUGAAUUUUCUUCAAAAAAUGCUGAAGAGGUACAUUUGGAAGAACGCGUUGACGACAAGCUACCCUCUGAAACCUCUUCAAAAAUUUCUGAAGUGACACCAGUGGCAGAACAUGUUGAAGACAAUCUACUCUUUAAUGGCUCUACAGAUAUUACUGAGACACCACUUACGGAGCCACUUACGGAGCCCUCUGAAGAAAAUACUGUAGUGAUAAACCUACCAUAUAAUCAAUCUUCCACAGAAAUUCCAAUUAGUAAUGGAGAAGUGAAUUCUGGCUCUCACUUAACAGUGCAUGAGUUCCCAAAGUUAUCAGUGUUGUCAGAUGCUUCUGAUGGUCACACUAUAAUACCGGACGAAGAUGUUUCUGUAGCUAAUUCAGCUUCAAUUCCAAAUGACAAGGUGGAUUUAACAGAAAGAAGCGGCCAGCUAACGUUGGUUGAAGAUUCUGGACCAGGUGCUACAGAAGAUAUCUCUGACAGGCAUGAAUUGCAGGUUGAUGUUACUAAUGCUGCUGCUGAUAAUGAGAUUAGACUUUCUGCUUCUUCUGAAACAAAUGAUUUUUUAAAUGAUCACAAUCAAGUAAAGGUGGCUGUUGGAGCAGUUGACUCACCCUCUCAAACCAAGAUGGUUAAUAUAAAAAGAGGCCUUAUUGAUACCACACCUCCAUUUGAAUCUGUCAAGGAAGCUGUUUCUAAGUUUGGAGGAAUUGUGGACUGGAAGGCUCAUAGAAUCCAGACCGUGGAGAGGCGCACUCUAGUUGAACAGGAACUUGAUAAAGCAAAUGAGGAGAUCCCAGAAUACAAAAAACAAGCAGAAGCGGCUGAACAGACAAAAGUCCAAGUACUAAAAGAGCUGGACAGCACAAAGAGACUUAUAGAAGAGUUAAAGCUUAACCUAGAGAGGGCACAAACCGAGGAGCAUCAGGCAAGACAGGACUCGGAACUUGCAAAGCUUAGAGUGGAAGAGAUGGAGCAAGGUAUUGCAGACGAAUCUAGUGUUGCAGCCAAGGCACAACUUGAGGUUGCUAAAGCUAGGUAUACAGCAGCCAUUUCAGAUUUAGCAGCUGUGAAAGAGGAGCUAGAAGCAUUGCGCAAGGAAUAUGCUUCCUUAGUGACUGAUAGAGAUGAAGCUAUUAAGAAAGCCGAGGAGGCAGUUGCAGCAUCCAAGGAAGUAGAGAAGUCAGUGGAAGAUUUAACUAUUGAAUUAAUCGCCACUAAAGAGUCAUUGGAGACUGCUCAUGCCGCACACUUGGAAGCAGAGGAACAUAGAAUAGGAACAGUCAUGGCAAGAGAUCAAGAUUCUCUCAAUUGGGAAAAGGAACUUAAACAGGCAGAAGAGGAGCUCCAGAGAAUCAAUGGGCAAAUGUUGUCUGCAAAGGAUCUCAAAUCCAAACUAGAAACAGCCUCUGGUUUGCUGCUUGAUUUGAAAGCUAAAUUAACUGCUUAUAUGGAAUCAAAGUUAAAGCAAGAAAGUGAUGAAGAGCUUUCACAAGGAGGCCUAGAAGAACCAGGAAAGAAGACACACACUGAAAUACAAGCAGCUGUGGAAUCAGCCAGAAAGGAACUUGAGGAGGUAAAACUUAACAUAGAGAAAGCAAAUACGGAGGUUAUUUGCUUGAAGCUAGCUGCUACAUCUCUAAAAUCAGAACUGCAACAAGAAAAAUCAAGUCUUGCCUCCAUCAAGCAAAGAGAAGGAAUGGCCUCCAUUGCAGUUGCAUCUCUAGAAGCUGAGUUGGAUAAGACUAGAUCAGAAAUAGCUUUGGUACAGAUGAAGGAGAGAGAAGCCAAAGAGCAAAUGGCUGAACUUCCAAAGAAGCUACAACUAACAGCUGAAGAGGCUAAUCAGGCCAACUUGCUUGCUCAAGCAGCCCGUGAAGAACUGCAGAAAAUAAAUGCAGAAGCAGAACAGGCCAAGGCUGGAGUAAGUACCUUGGAAAGCAGGUUACUUGCUGCUCAAAAGGAGAUAGAGGCUGCAAAGGCUUCUGAAAAGUUGGCAAUAGCAGCAAUUAAAGCAUUGCAAGAGAGUGAGUCAAAUAGAAGCAAAAAUGAAAUGGACCCUUCCAGUGGGGUAACACUUUCUUUGGAUGAGUACUAUGAGCUUAGCAAACGAGCUCACGAGGCAGAAGAGCGAGCCAAUAUGAGGGUUGCUGCUGCUAAUUCUGAUGUUGAGAAAGCGAAGGACUCUGAAUUGAAAUCCUUCGAGAAGUUGGAUGAAGUGAAUAGAGAGAUGGCUGCUAGAAGGGAAUCCUUGAAGAUGGCAAUGGAAAAAGCUGAGAAGGCAAAGGAAGGUAAAUUAGGUGUAGAACAAGAACUAAGAAAGUGGAGGGCUGAAAAUGAGCAACGGAGAAAGGCUGGCGAGUCUGGUCAAGGAGUAGUUGACCAGAACAAAAGCCCUAGAGCUAGUUUUGAGGGGAGUAAGGAAGCAAAUAAUUUUGACCGAUCCCGAAACACAUCAAGUCCGAAGGCUGAUAUGCAUGCAGAAAAUGAUGAAGGUGGAUCGUCACCGGAAUCAAAACACGGAAAAAAGAAGAAAUCUAUGUUCCCACGAGUUUUGAUGUUCUUUGCUAGAAGAAAAAAACAUUCAAACAAGUCAGGGUAA